AUGGUCGUUAAGGGCUAUUACCCUUUCUCAAUCGUAGAUGACAAGAAGUUCAAAAAACUUGUGGAACUGCUGAAUAGUGGGUACCGCCUCCCGUCCAGAAAGAGCCUCUCUACGACGAUGUUGUGUCAAAUGUACAAUAAGGUGUCCGAGGUGGUGAGGAAAGAGCUGCAGGACGUCACCAGCGUAUGCAUAAAAACAGACAGCUGGACAUCCUUGAACGCAGAAAGCUUCAUAGCUGUGACAGCUCACUUCAUUAACAGUCGGUGUGAGCUCAAGAGGGUCUUGCUGGACUGUUAUCGUUAUGAUUUAAGACAUACUGCUGAGAACCUAGCAAGCGAACUGAAGAGAAUAUUGGCCGAAUGGGGCAUCUUUGAGAAGGUGACCGCAAUUGUGAGCGAUAACGCCGCGAAUGUUACGGCAGCUGUCAGACUGUGCGGAUGGCGGCAUCUCCCUUGCUUUGCACAUUCGUUGAACUUAGUGGUGCAAUCCGGUGUGCAAGAAAUGGGCGCGGUGCACUCCAAAGUAAAGGCAAUUGUGCAGUACUUCAAAAGAAGCCCACAUGCAGCAGCCAAGCUUCAAGGCAUGCAAAGGCAAAUUGGACUGCCAGAACUGAAACUAAAGCAGGACGUCCCAACCAGAUGGAACUCGACUUGCGACAUGUUCAUGAGAAUGCUAAAAAUCAAGGAUGCAGUAUUAGCAACUCUGCCACUGGUAAAUUGCGACACUCAUGCACCAACUACAAAUGAGUGGGACGCGAUACAGAAAGUUUGCGACGUGCUCCAACCCUUGAUCCAGGUGACGGAAGAAGUAAGCAGUGAAAAGGCUGUGACAGUAUCCAAGGUUCCGUUACUCAGUCGAGCACUACAAAAACAUGUAAAAGAAUUCAAGGGCGACCGAGUGAAUGACAUCGUUAACCGUGUGGUAGACGUUCUCAGCGAGAAGAUGGAAAGAAGAUUCAUCGAUGUCUAG